GAGGAGAAAAAAAAUCAAAUAGUUUUCCACUAUUAAAAAAAGUUUUUUGCAGACAUGAUGGAGUUAAUGAAGCAACUGCUCACAUACUAUUUCUGCUGAGACAUCCACUAACUGAUUUAUCUUAUCUUGAUUGUGGAAGCCUAUGCCCUUAUGCUUCUCAGAGACACAUGACCUGCAGGAGAAGCACAGGAUUUUCUAGCUCUCUUUGCAGAAGAAUGAAGCCUCUGCUUGGAAGCUUGUACCUCCUGGGGAUGCUACUUCCUGGGGAGCUGGGAUAUGAUAGAUCUGUAGCACAACAGAGACAAGAAGCUGUGGAUAAGGUAGUGAGUCCAUGGAGGAUCCUGGAGACAUAUUCCUAUAACGGACACCACCCCAUGGGGGAGAUGAGCUUGGACACGUUGAUCUGUCAGUGGAUGAGUGAGAUAAGGGAGAAGUACACGGAAGUGGUGACAUAGCAUUUCCUAGGAAUGACCUAUGAGAGCCGGCCCAUGUACUAUUUGAAGAUCAGCCAACCAUCCAAUAACCCCAAGAAGAUUAUCUGGAUGGACUGUGGAAUUCAUGCCAGGGAAUGGAUUGCCCCUGCUUUUUGCCAGUGGUCUGUGAAAGAAUAAAUUCUACAGAACUAUGAAGACAACUCAAGGAUAAGGAGUCUCCUUAAAAACCUGGACUUCUAUGUGCUUCCGGUUCUUAACAUAGAUGGUUACAUCUAUACUUGGACAACCGAUCGGCUUUGGAGGAAAUCCCGUUCAUCCCAUAAUAAUGGCGUGUGUUUUGGGACAGAUCUCAAUAGAAAUCUCGAUGCAUCCUGGUGUAGUAUCGGUGCAUCUCACAACUGCCAAGAUUUAACAUUCUGUGGGACGGGACCCAUGUCUGAACCAGAGACUAAAGUUGUUUCCAGCUUUAUCGAGAGCAAGAAGGAGAAAAUUGCCUGCUCCCUGACCAUGCACUCUUACGGGCAGCUCAUCUUUGUGCCUUAUGGCUACACCAAAAAUAAAUCAAGUAACCAUGAAGAACUGAUCCAAGUUGGACAGAAGGCAGCAAAUGCAUUGAAAGCAAAGCAUGGAACCAAUUAUAGAGUUGGAUCUAGUGCAGAUAUUUUAUAUGCCACUUCAGAGUCUUCAUGACACUGGGCUUGGGACAUUGGGAUCCCCUUCUCAUGUGCAUUUGAGCUGAGGGACAAUGGUACAUAUGGGUUUGUCCUGACAGAAACUCAAAUUCAGGCCACCUGCGAGGAAACCAUGGAGGCUGUGCUUUCAGUCCUGGAUGAUGUGUAUGAGAAAUACUGGUAUUCAAACAGUGCUGGGAAGGUGACAUCUACUGCUGUGGCGCUGAGCUUGCUGAUGUCCUUCAUGUUUCUUCUGUAGGUGCAUCCUACCUAGGCCUGCUCAGCCCCAGUGACGUGGAUAUGGCUGCAUGAAAGGUGUUUGAGGCUAUGGAGGAACCAAAUAAUUUAACUAGAAAUACUUUCUAUUUCAAAAAAGAUCAAUCAUCUUUGCAUUUUAAUGUUUGUUCUGCUGGUAAUUAAUUGUUAUUACUUUAGUAGACUUUAAUAUUAGUUAGUUAUUGGUACAAUAAUGCCACAAACCAAACCACUCUACAAUUCAGUGACUCACAAAUCUAUAGGUCAGCUAGGAAGUUCUGCUGAUCUUGGCUGCACUCACUUAUAUAUCUGUGGUUUGUUUCAGGGCAGCUGCCCCAGAGUCUAAAAGUUUUUUCCCAUCUAAACUCUUUGAAAAUUUUGCUCAUGCCUGUGACCCAAGUUCACACUUAAUUUUGUGUAAUCGCGUUAGUAGUGGCAUUCAGAAGAUGAAGUUAUAUAAUCUCUCUAUAUAGCUGUUGCUGGUUUUAUUUAUUUAUUUAAUGUUUUAUUUAUUUAAAAAAUUUUUUUUGAGAAUCUACAAGGUACAUUUUGCUAGGCUCUGGGGUUACAAUGGUGAAUAAGGUAGACAUGGUCCCUGUUCCCCUGGAAUUUCUGUUCCAGUGGGUGAGAUUGAUUGGAAUGGACCCUGUUGCAUACCAGACAAAUCUCAUCUCUGGGGAGCCAUAAUAAUCAAGAACACAAAUAUAUAAACUAAACCUUGCAUCUUGUGACAGGGGCUAUGAGAGAAAUAAAGAGUAAGUAGAGAGGGAAGCAAGGGCCAGAUUGUAUGUUUCUGGGUACACAGGUGUUUAAUUGGGCCAUAUUGUCUAUUACACUUUACGUGCUCUUCAGGUAGCAUCUAUGACUGUCAUUUCCUAUGUAUCUCUAUGUGACACCUUGAAAUGAUGCUAAGCACUUGUCAGGCUUUGAACAAAUGUUGUCGCUGUAACCAGCUGACAGGGUAUCCUUGGGUGUUCAGUCACCCGUUUCCGAAUUUCCUUGUUGAUCACAGUCACAAUACACUUCUUGGU